CCUUACGUUUCAGCGUCUUAUCUCACUGGGAUCUUUCAACCCGCUUCCUUACGUUUUAGUGUCUUAUCUCACUGGGAUCUUUCAACCCGCUUCCUUACGUUUUAGUGUCUUAUCUCACUGGGAUCUUGUAACCCAAACUCAUUAAGGGACAACCAAAUUCCCAGGGUAAGCUACACCCAACUAUUUGUUCACUCGUCAAUGAAACUGCCCGUCACGGUAAUCGAGACACAAUGGCCUGAGUUGACCACUUAUUUACAAUUUUAAUGCAAUGGCAGGCUCGGCAAAAAUGCAAUCAAUCUAUCAAAAUCACCAAUCUGUGCCUGGGAUUACAAAACAGUGUUUGACUUACAGACUUCAGGACAGACUCCUAAAGCAGAUUUUAUAUAAAAAGGCUCUCCUCACCUUGUAUUGGCCAUUUGACUCUGUCCAGAAGAUUGCAAGAAGUCAUCAAUCAACAGCGUGCCAUCUCGGACGAAGCCCCCAAAUUGUUGCGUUUGACCAGCAUUCCUCCAAUGGGGAAUUCAAAUUGCUAGUCUCUCCCAGGUUCUUUUUAUGGCAAUAAGAUGAUGUUUAUAUUCAAUCAACAGGCAGUAGUUGGUAUUUUGUGGUUUAUUCUCCAAGCUUAGAGGACAAACGUGAGACCAAUCUAGCACACCCCCGUUCCCUCACCCGGUCUGGCUCGGUUUCCCCUUAAACCCCCGGAAGUCCCGUGAUCUUCCCUCUGUCCCUCGCCCCCACUCCCUUUGUUUAGACUACUCCGAGUUAUCUCUACUCUGACACAUUCCAAUCUAGAAGGCUGACACCUUACUAUGAGACUCAAAAGAAGGAAGAAUACUAGCUAUUCUUUAUAUGACUAUAGGAGUUUAGAAAGAAGUAACACUUAAAUAUGGAUAUGAUUCUGAUCUGCUUCCAACACUGGCUUAGUGUAGACAUAGCGUCAGUUCCACUCCCUAACACUACCCAUCCAACCCAAGCACUAAACUUCAUCCCGUAGUCCUGAUCCAAGUCUUCAUUGACAAACAAUCAACAUGGGAAUCAUUCAGACAUUAGAACUCACAUAGCCGAUCCACCCCAGUUAUUGAUCUUUGAAUAGUAAUCGCAUCUUUAGCAGCAGGUGGUGUCUUCUGGCCAGGACAGUAGAAGCCAAGAACCAGGCCCCUCCCACAGGACCAGCGGCCCAAACUGUGCGCUUCCUGCUAUCGGCAAGGUGGCUAAAGCCUGGAUGCAUGGGGGGAGCCAGCUUCUCCAUGCCGUCGACGGCGUGUGUGCUCACCACUCCAAGAAAAUUGAGCAGGAUGCCGUGGGCCAGCUGACAGCCGGCGAUAGCUUGCGACGUCGUUUCCGCCAUCAGAGAAGUGCCACUCAAUUGGGCAGAAAAUGUCUGUCACACAGGGCUCUUAAAGCGGGAUGCGGUCUCCAUGGAGACACUGGGCACGGUUCAAAGACCCCCUCCUCCUUGCAUUGCGAGAAGACGCCUCAGGAAUCGUUCAGCUCCCAAGUGCCCUUAAAAUUACAGAUUAAAGUGUCAGGCCAGAGGGAUAGUCUGGGUAUCAGCAUAGCUGGAGGGAAAGGAUCUUUACCUUACAAAGACCACGAUGAGGGUGUUUUUAUUUCCAGAGUGACCAAAGGGGGACCUUCGGAAAAAGCAGGGGUCCAUGUUGGAGACAGACUCCUGGAGGUCAACAGUUUCAGCAUGCAGGGAGUGACCCACCUGGAAGCCGUCAGGGCCUUGAGGAACGCGGGGAGCUGCAUUAGGUUGAAAGUUCUGCGAGAAGCAUCGCACCCAAGGCAGGUCGGCCAAUCGGAUGAUGAUACUCGGGAUGCUGAGGACGUGUCGAGCCGACGGACGUGUAGCCGAGAUGGGGCCAAAGGCCAGCAGAAGAUGGAGGACGGUGAUGACGGUUUGUCCAAAAAGAUGGAGGCGGUGGUCUGCAACGGCAAUGGCAUUAGUAACUUGAAGAACGACUUGAGGUGGUCCCAGCUGGAGACAGAGGCCUUGAUGAAGAGAAACGAUUCAGCGCAUGUGGACAAACACACGAUGACAAUCCCGCGGAUAAUCCUCACUCAUCCCUCUACCUCUGAUGAAGACGUGGAGCUCUUGACACAAGGUCCUGGCAGAAACCCCCCACACCAUCACGUCGACAUUCCAGAGAAGCGAGUAUCUUCGGAAUGUUUCGACAACGCGUUUUAUCCACCUUGAACGCCUCCAGGCUUGAAAGCAUUUAUUGGACAGUGUUUGUUAUUGGUAACAAACUGCACAACAGCUUCUAUUAGUAUGAAGUGGCAUUAGACAUCUGUCAUAUUACAAUAGUAAUACUUUAUUUUGUUAAGUUGCACAGGCUGCAUAGUGAGAAGAGAUGUGCUCCAAAUGUUAAAAUGUUUCCCACAAUAAUUGUGUAUGAUAGCCUAUUAAUGAUGCUGGUAAUGUUAAUGAAGGGCUUGCACGGGAUGCCAAAUGGGACAACAUGAAAUUAUUAUGUGCAUAUUUAAAUCACCUUUUAAAUGUGUCGUUAAUAGAUGAAAUCAUUAAAUAAUGAAAUCAGGAUGAAAUUGAUAAAUUAUAAAUUAAAUCAUCAAAUAAUUACAUGAAUAAGUAAUUAAAUGUUAUUUUUACAUUGAACAAAUGAAUGGCACAUUUAUGUAUUUAAUUCCAAUUAUAGUGACUUAAUUACAUAUUUAAGUCAUUGUUGUACGAUUUAUUUAAUUUUGUCCCAUUUGAUCCCUUAUAGAAGAAAAAUGCAUCUUGGAUGAAAUAAAUGCAAAGCUGGAAGACA